AGUGUGCUCCGGAACUACCCGGUAGUUCGGUACACGUUCUUAUUAUGUACCUCACGCGUACCGUUUAAAGAUGGAGCAGCCUAACACGGAAUCUAACACAAACGUUAUGAAUGGCGAGGAGGAACAUUUCAAUACCUUCCUGUCUUUGCACUCCGCUGCACUACAGUCCUCAAGAAUCCCUUCGCUGUAUUGGAAGAGCUUGUACUACAAACUUAUCAACGAGGUGUACGAUGCAGGAGAAGUGUUUGGCGUCAUGCGGGUAGAAAAGGACGAUGAAGGAGAUGACGAUGAAGAGAGAAAGAAGGCUUAUCCUAGUGUAGAGUUUACGUGUAAAGUGGUUGUGACCAGGGGGACUGGCAUGCAAGCCUCAGACCCCACCAGUAUCUUCCUGGUUGACCAUGCAUGGACGUACCGUGUGGAGAGCUCUAGGCAGCAGCUGGAGCAGAUCCCCGGCCUCCUGCCCAGGAUGGCUUCCCUCAUGGGGGUGGACUUCCACGGAGAGGCCCCUGACCCAGACGUUGUGGAGCUGGUGCUGGAACAAAUGUGGAAGUACAACCAGACCUACCAGCUGGCCCAGGGGUCAGCAGAGGAAAAAGUGCCAGUCUGGUACAUCAUGGAUGAGUUUGGCUCCCAGGUGCAGCACUCUGACCAGCCUAGCUGUUGCAUGGCACCCUUCUUCUACACACAGGGCCAGCUGGCCUACACUGUGCUCUGGCCUCUCGCAGACCUGCAGGAGGGAGAGGAAGUGACACGGGACUAUGCUUAUGGCGAGAGCAACCCUCUGGUGAGGAGAUGUCGCUUGUUGCCAUGGAUACCAGCUGACUUGGAAGGGGUCAGCACCCUGACCCCUGAACCCUCUGAUCUCUACUAUGAGACCAUUUCACAGGAGAACAAGGAGAUUCUUCCUCUGGACAUUCGGCCCCAUACUGUCCCCAAAGACAAAGUGCUCAAGGUGUUCACAGAGAUGGGACAAGUUCUAAACAAUCUCCAUCACCCACGGUUCACGUUCACAGAGACUGAAGAGGAGGCUGAUAUUCUUUGGACCUUCUCCCACAUCAGAGACUACAGGAAGUUAAGCGAGGAGCGUCCUCACGUUAUGACUAAUCAGUUUCCCUGUGAGACGGUUGUCACAGUGAAGGACUGCCUCUCCGCCGUGUCGCGGAGGGCCCGGGGAGGCCAGGGGGCCGAGUGGCUGCCAGAGACAUUCAACCUGCAGACUGAGCUGCCUCAGUUUGUCAGACAUUACCAACAAAGACAAGGGAGGGGAGAAGACAAUCAUUGGAUCUGUAAGCCUUGGAACCUGGCUCGGGGGCUGGACACACACAUCACCAACAACCUAGACUACAUCAUCAGACAGAGAGAGAGCACACCCAAGGUGGUGUGUAAGUACCUGGAGGAUCCAGUGCUGUUUGAGAGGGAGGAGGUGGGGAUGGUGAAGUUUGAUAUUCGCUACGUGCUGCUGCUGCGCUCCGUUCAGCCUCUACGCCUCUACUCCUACAACGUGUUCUGGCUGCGCUUCGCCAACAGGCCUUUCUCUCUGGACCACUUUGAUGACUACCAGAAGCACUUCACUGUCAUGAACUAUGCAGAGGGGGUCCAGCUCAAACAGGUUCACUACGAUGAAUUCAUACCUAUGUUUGAAAAGCAGUAUCCUCAGUAUCCAUGGAAAGAGGUUGAGAGAGAGGCGUUCAAGGCAUUUGCAGAGCUCUUCCAGGCAGCCUCGUCCCGGCCGGCCCCCUACGGUUUCUGUGCCUACCCCUCCUCCCGGGCCAUCUACGCUGUAGACCUUAUGCUCAAGUGGGGCACUGGGGACAGAGGUGAACGUGUGAUGAAGCCUCAGAUCCUGGAGGUGAACUUCAGUCCAGACUGCGCCCGGGCCUGCCUCCAUCACCCUGAUUUCUACGACCACAUGUUCCAAACACUCUUCCUGGAUCAGGCCGAUCAGUGCCCUGUCACUCAGGUCUCAUGAUGAGCGCUAACCCCUGACCUUGAACCCAUAUUACACAGUUGAAAAGGUCCAUUUGGACAAUUUGUUUUUCUAGUAGUAAUUGAUAAUGAGUAAUGCUCUGGACCAGAGGUGCCAAAUACAUUUUGCCCCGUGGGCUGCAUUCGGUCACUACUGAGGUCCAGAGGAUCGGCUGCAUUCGGUCACUACUGGGGUCCAGAGGAUCGGCUGCAUUCGGUCACUACUGAGGUCCAGAGGAUCGGCUGCAUUCGGUCACUACUUAGGUCCAGAGGAUCGGCUGCAUUCGGUCACUACUGAGGUCCAGAGGAUCGGCUGCAUUCGGUCACUACUGAGGUCCAGAGGAUUGCUCUUCAAAUGUAUUACAUUUCCUCUUCAUCAAAAUUAGCAAAUAAAUUGUUUUUAAAUCAC